AUUUAUUUAUUGUGGGAAGAUUGAUUUGAAGGAAUUAGAAGGAUCUGAUCUUUUAAAGCUUUUGAUAGCGGUGGAUCAACUUAAAAUUCAAUCAUUAAUUCGAUGUAUUCAGGAAUACUUGAUUGAGCAUAAACGAGAGUUUUUGUUAAAGAAUCUUAUAAACAUUCUUGAUACAAUUUAUAAACACGAAAAUUUUACAAAUUUAUGGAAUUUCUGUCUCGAGAUAAUUUGUAAAGAACCUGAAAUAUUAUUUAAUUCUGAUAGACUUAACAAUUUAAAGUCGUCUUUAUUAGAAUCGCUUUUAAAACGUGAUGAUUUAUUAUUGGAUGAAAUUGUUAUAUGGGAAAACUUGAUCAAGUGGAAUUUUGCUCAGCAUCCUUCUAUUCAGAAAAACGUUAAGAAAUGGAAUAAAGAAGAAAUUGCAAUUAUGGAGAGCACUUUUAAAAGGUUUAUUCCCUUAAUUAGAUUUUACCAUAUAUCUUCAGAGGACUUUCUUGAUAAUGUAUAUCCUUUUAGAGUUUUACUACCUGAAGAUUUGAUUAAUAACAUACUUGCAUUUCAUAUGAAGAAACAAAAUAUUGAUACACAACCACCUAGAAAACCAAAACCUGCUUAUGAUUCAAUUAUAAUUGAACCUCGACAUUUUGCUAUUUUUUCUAGUUGGAUCGAAAAGAAAGACAAUUCUUAUCAUAAUGUAAAAAACAAUCCUUAUGAUUUCAAUUUGCUUUAUCGCUCUAGUAAAGAUGGUGAUACGCUUGCAGCAUUUCAUUCUAAAUGUGAUUAUAAGGGAGCUACUAUAGUUAUAGCGAAAAUUACAAAUUCAGAACAAAUAGUUGGAGGGUAUAAUCCACUUUUUUGGGAUUCAAGUAGUACAUAUAAGUCAACUAAAGAUAGUUUUAUAUUCUCGUUUACAAAUAAAGAUGACUUCCAAAGUGCAAAUGUAGGUUAUAGUAAUGGUGUAAAUUCUAUAGGUGGGUUUCCGCCUAAUGGUCUAAUAUUUGGUGGUGGUGGAGGUUGUCAUUUAGCUUUAUAUGUUAAUGGUUGGUAUAGCAAUGCAAAUGCAAAUAAUAAAAGUUAUCCUAAAAUUGAUAUACCAGAACAAUUUAGCGUAGAUGAUUAUGAAGUAUUUCAAGUUAUUAAAAAACAUUCA